CUUCACUUCUUCUGCGCGCUGCAAGCAAAAAAGGAAGCGAAGCAGAACCACCGCGUCCCAUCAUUUCACAUCACCGAGCAGAGAGCACACUGAGUAGACAACAGCUGUCUGUCAUUUUGAAGGACCAGUCGGCUGGACACACGUGCUGCUUGCUGACUGUUGGUGGGCAGACGAGCUGAGACAAGACGAGACGAACAGCGGAAGGGAACGAGGCAAACAGGACGAAACACAGGGAACCAUGCCGAAGACACCAAGCUUCUUUCGCCGCUCAAAGCGGAAAAAGGACCUCGUGAUUCGUGACGCCGUUGUGGCAAAGUCUGCAAACGGGCGGUUUGGUUUCACUGUGGCUGGAGGGCUGGAGAGUAACUCCUUCUGCUUCAUUGAACUCGGCAAGGAGAAGCCGCACGUGAGGUCGGGCAAGCUGCAUGACAAGGACCUGAUACUGGAGGUGAACGGCGUGGACGUCGCCGGCGAAUCGCAUGAGCGGGUGACGGAGUUGAUUGCGCAGUCUGCACAGGACGUUCGCCUCUCCCUCGGCACCAUUGGCCGCGACGACCUCAUCAAGAUCAGCACUGUGUUCAACCUUCAACAGCCGGACCCGCUGUUGGCUGAGCUGCAGGCGCGCGUCAAGAAGACCGUUUACUCCCUCAUCAUCCCCUGCACCACACGCAGCAAGGACGCACAGGACGUGCAAGGGAAGGAUUACUACUUCAUCUCAAAGGACCUCUUCCAGAAGCUCAUUGAGUCAAACAGGAUGCUGGAGUACCGAACGGAUGAGCGCGGGGACAUGUACGGGACGAUUCUUCCAACAAAGGACUUGAUUGCACACAUGCGCGGACAAGAGGCACUCUCAUCCCAACCCAACGGUGCAGCCAUGACGCAACGCCAGCCCGCUGCAGCAGCAGCGGCAGCAGUGACGUCUUCAUCUCCAUCCACAGCACAACGAAAAGCAGGAGCGGCGUCUGCGUCUGCGCGAACGAGCGUUUCCAUCCGCGUGAGUGAUGCCGGAUCGGACGCAUCGUCCAUCGCGUCCCGGACACACGAGCCGCUCCUGUCAAAAGCGGACAUGAAGCGGCUGCAGACGGGCGACGCGCCAAUGGUGCAGACACUCGUGCUGGCGCGCGGCGAGGGUGGCCGGCUUGGGUUUGCCUUUGACGGCGGUGUGGAACACGGCACCCUGCUCUCCAUUCGCCACAUUGGUGACGUCCACAUCCUCUCCACCACAAACCGCGACCUGCGCGUGGGCGACUGCCUGCUUGCGGUUGACGGCCAGAGCGUGGCUGCGUGCUCCUCUGUUGAGGCUGAGAAGAUUGUCGCAAAGUGCGGCGACCCCGUCGAGAUUACGACAACAUGCGUUGAUGAGAGCCUCCUCGACUCAAACUACCGCAUCAGCGCGCACGACUUCCUGACGUCGGCUGUCUUCAACCGCCCGGACAUGCGUGCGGCGCGGGCUGACCUUCGACGCGACGUGUACGCAAAGACAAUCCCAUACACAACCCGCCCGCCACGCGAGGGCGAGGUGGACGGCAAGCACUACCACUUUGUCUCGCGCGAUGUCUUUGAGGAGAUGGUGAAGCGGGAUGAGUUUAUUGAGUACGGCGAGAACAAAGGCAACCUGUAUGGCACGCCGCGGCAACCGGAGGUGGCUGCAUCCAGCAUGCAGCGCAGCGCAUCGACCCUGCACCUUCGCCGCACGUCCGAAUUCAGGGCCGCAACCUUCCUCCUGCAGAAGAAUUCCCCAGACGAGCUGUUUGGCAUGGAGCUGCUGAAGGGUGAGCGCAGCAUCUUCGUCUUCCGCGUUGCACCCAACUCCCCCGCCCACCGCGCGUACGUGCGCCCCAACAUGGUGCUGCUGGCCAUCAACGGGGAGGACAUGACCCGUGCCAAGCUGUCGGACGCCAUCAGCCGCCUUGCUGCCGCGGGCGACACGGUUGAGCUCUAUCUUCGCUACGAUAAGGACGGGCAGGACAGGGCUGUUGCUGUGGCCAAGGAGACGCCAACCACCCCGCUCUCAAAGAAGCUCGAGGCUGAGGAGAGCGAGCGAGUGCGUCGCGCUGCAGACGAGGCGAUGGCGAAACGGCGACAGGAGGAGCUUGAGCUGCAGUCGUCCGUGCAGCAGAGGCUUGAGGAGGCUGCAGAUACACCACGCAGCACUGCUGGCAAUGGUGACGGUGACGGUAAUGGUGAUGGUGAUGUGGGAGCAGCGGCAGCAGCAGCAUCGCAAACAAACGAUGGGCAGGCUGCAACGGCGAGUGAAGAGGAUCGCGGAACAAGCAGACACUUGUGGGGACUGCUGCUGGCGAUUGUUCUCGCCGUGCUGGCUGUGGUCAUUGCAAUCAUGACAGAUCUUCCCUUCCACAGCUGAAGUGUCACGUUUAAAGUGUUGAUCUUGUCGUUCGGUUGAUUCUUUGGGGUGUUGUGUUUUGUUCCGUGUGCUGCUGAGGUGAAGUUGACACUUUCCAUGCGUCUUUUCCUGUGUUUCGUUGAUAGCUGCUGCUGCUCGCCUUCAUGCUCCUUCAUGUUUCCGCCUCACAGGCAUUGUCGUCCAUUGAUUCAGUGGUCGCCCCAAAGCGCGCGCAUACGCACGCACAUACACAACCUGAAGGCAGUGCCUGUAUCAUUUGCCUUUGUCCCCUUUGUCUCGCUGCCUUCAUUCGUUCGUCUCGCCCCUUUGGUUGUCGUCUCGUUAACUUUCCUCUUCAAAGAAUGGGUGUUUGGUUCGUGUUGGUUGGUUGUCAAGGUUGUGUCUGAGUGGUGAUCGUUUAGAACAAGCAAGCUUGCGUUUCUCGCUUCCCAUCCGCACACUGUUGGGCUUAAGUACAACAACAAGCAUAUCCAAA